UCGACGUGAACGGAGUAGAACGGAAUUCGAUCCGGGGCCGGUACCGUCGUCUUGGGUCGUCGCGACGCGUCAUCGCCCCCUUCGCCUCGUCGCUCCCGGUCAACCGGAAGUUCGAGAUCAGCCCUCCGCGUCCGGAGGACCGCCUCGCCGGUCCUGGGAACUCUCUGCUUCCGGACGGGCCCGAGGGAGCGCGGCGAGCGCCGUGGGCGAGCUUAAGGGGCCGCAGCCGCCACCGUACCCGGCCGCGCCGCCGAUCGGAUCGAUUUUAAACCGGAAAGCCGACCAAGUAUUGUUCUCCCGCCCACCCGGAACUGCCGCCGUCGAGACGCUCGAGCACGGACGGACGGACCCGAAGACGGCAAGGGUCGGGCGCUCGGGCGCUCUCGCAGGUCGACGGAGCCCGGUUCUCCGCGCUGCCGGAAUGCCCGAAAAGGCAUGCCGACCGACUCGCUAGGGAACGCCCCCACGAGUCGUGGCCGAGACGACCACGUCGCGCAUUCUUCCGGGUAGUUGACACCGAGCGUCUUCGGUCCGACGCGCACCCGUCGCUUCGGCGACCCUCUUAAGGGACGGCGGAAACGGCCCUCGGGUGCUCGCGGACAACCUGGAUCCGAUGUGCAUCGUCGAAGACCCGAAAGUGAAGGGACGAGACGAAUCCAGGAUGGGGUCCUGCGGGGUGUAUAUGUCGCAGCUGCGUGCGAUGCUGGUCAGAAACCUUCUUUUGAAGAAGCGGGAUAAAAGAAAGACUACAGCGGAAAUCUUCCUGCCUCUCUACACCCUGGGGAUCUUAAUCGUGGUGAAGGUGCUCGUCCCCAAUCCGAACUAUCCAGCGAUGACCACGCCGAGGCAGGAGGACGACAUUUUCGAAUAUUUCAACGGGUACAAGAACAACACUAUCGCCGUCGUGCCGAACUCCACGGAGACUCUGAGUUUCCUCAACGCUAUGAAUACCCUCUGGUAUUCCAUGUGGGACUCUCCCGGGAGGCUACCCUUGAAUUUCAUGGUUUUCGAUACGAAAGACGAUCUGCAGGCGGCUUAUUGGAGGGAGCCUUACAGUGUGCCAUUAGCCGUCAUCUUCGAAGACCCCCAACCGAUAUCCCGGCGGCUACUGUAUGAAAUACGAACGAAUCCAUCAUACACAUCUCCUCCAUCACCGACGGAAAUGUACUCCUCCCCUGUAACGUGUCGCAAGGACACCAGUCAUUGGAUGGGUGGGGUAUUAUCCAUAGAGACUGGUGGAUCCUGUCCUGCGAACAAUUAUUUCUAUUCCGGUUUCAUGGCAUUGCAAUUGGUUAUGGAUACCACAAAGAUUAGACUGGAUACCGGAAACUCCGACAUAACGGUGCCCGACAUCAAACUCGAAAUGUUUCCAAAGAAAGCCUACACGGCAGACUGGAUGUUGGCCUUUAGGGUUGUGAUACCGUUGUACAUGGUAUUAGCUCUCUCACAGUUCAUCACGUAUCUUCUGAUUCUGAUUGUGGGCGAGAAAGAGAACAAGAUCAAGGAAGGAAUGAAGAUUAUGGGUUUGAAGGAUUCCGUCUUUUGGUUAUCCUGGUUCAUCAUAUACAGUGUUUUCGUCUUCAUCCUCUCUGCCGUUGCAGUAGUCCUUCUGUUCACCCUGCAGAUGUUUCAGCACACCCACUUCCUUCCGAUAUUUCUUCUAGUGGUACUGUAUAGUUUCUCUGUCAUCAUGUUCGCCUUCAUGAUCACACCCUUCUUCGAUAAAUCGAGGACUGCUGGGGUUCUUGGAAACUUUGCGAUGACCAUCCUCAGUUUGAUGUACUUCAUACAAGUCUUCGUGGAUGAUCCGAGUUCUAUUUCCUUCUGGGUGGUGUCUUUGGUCAGUCCCACGGGAGUGGCUCUCGCAAUGGACAAGGCUCUCGUUUUGGAUCUACAAGGGGAAGGAGUAAACUUCGACAAUCUUUGGUCUGGUCCUGGAAUACCAUUCGGCGGAAGUCUCGUGAUGAUGACCCUGGAUAUAUUCCUUUACGCCUGCCUAGCAUAUUAUCUGGAUUCGGUCGUUCCGAGUGAAUACGGCGUGAAAAAACCUGUGUGGUUCUGUUUUACUCCAGGAUUCUGGUGUAAAAAAAAAGUUCAAAGGGUUCCAUCUUCCAAUGGAGAAUCGAACUCUUUCAUACCUGGAGAAGAAUCGAAUCGUGACGUAGAACCGGUAGUACGUGAAAUGAAAGGACGCGAAGCAAUCAGAAUAGUUGAUCUUUAUAAAUCAUAUCAUAAAUGUCGUAAACCGGAGAUUAAAGCCGUUAAUGGGAUCAACCUGACGAUCUACGAGGGUCAGAUCACUGCCAUUCUGGGGCACAAUGGAGCUGGGAAAACAACUUUAUUCAAUAUUCUAACCGGUUUAACUGCACCCACCGCUGGUACCGCCUUAAUCUUUGGGUACGAUGUCAGGGAUUCAAACGAUAUGCAGACUAUCAGGAGCAUGACGGGUGUUUGUCCUCAACAUGACAUUCUUUUCGAUCUUCUCACACCUCGUGAACAUCUCGAGUUUUUUGCUGCAGUUAGAGGAAUACCAAGAUCGAUGGUGGAAUUUGAGGUGAAGAAAACUCUAAAGGAUAUAGAUUUGGUUGAAAAAGCAGACACCUUUGCGAAGUAUUUAAGCGGUGGUCAGAAAAGAAAAUUAUCAGUGGGAAUCGCCAUUAUUGGUGAUCCCAAAAUAAUAAUCUUAGAUGAACCAACUGCUGGAGUUGAUCCAUACUCCAGAAGGCAAAUGUGGUCGUUUCUUCAAUCCAGAAGGCAUGGUAAAGUUAUCCUUCUGACCACGCAUUUUAUGGACGAAGCUGAUAUUUUAGCGGACCGAAAGGCAGUUAUCAGCAAAGGCAAACUACGUUGCUGUGGCAGUUCAUUAUUUCUUAAAAAUAAGUUUGGAAUUGGUUACCAUCUUACGCUUGUACUCGAAGGCAACGGAAGGGAACAUGCAAUAACAAGACUCGUAUCGUCUCAUGUAUCGAAAGCUGAAAAAGCGAGAAGACACGGAAGAGAAUUGAGCUUUAUUUUACCACAUAAUUCUGUCGAAAACUUCGCACCUCUAUUUUCCGCCAUCGAACAGGAGAUCAAGACUAAAGCUAGUAGGCUUGGAAUUAGUAGUUAUGGAGUUUCGAUGACUACUCUUGAAGAGGUGUUCUUACAUCUGGAAAAGGACGAAGAAACCGAAUGUACUAUGGAUAAUUUGUCUAAAAAAAUGGUUAGAAAUCGCGCUCUGAGUAGGUCACUCUCUUUACAAUCGAAAAGUACUUCAUAUCAAAGCCUGCAGAAUGAAGGUGCUAUCACCCAAAGCGACGGGCAAGUUAAAGGUGCUGGUGAUUUGCCAGAUGGAGUGCACAACGAUAAGAACCCCAUUAUACUCGGCCUGGGCUUGGACCCCAUAAAAACACGGCCUAACUUUGUUCAAACCCUUUACGCAAUGCUUCGUUUGAGGGUAUUAAGGCUGUGUAGAAAUAUUCAACUACUUUAUUUCACCAUUGUUGCUCCAAUAGCCCUGGUCGUACUUGGACUUUAUCUCAACAGUAUUCAGACCGUCGAUCUAAAGAUGCAAUCUCUUGAAUUAAAUAAUGAUACAUACGAAGGAGAUACCAGAAUUCUGUAUGUUAAUAACACGGAUCGUGACAUAUCGCCUUUGAUAAAUUACGUUAGUACAGAUGUGAAACACCUCGACGAAUACGAUGGAAACUUUACAAAUCUAUUACACGUUGCCCCGCACAUGGCAUCUAUCAAUAUCAACGAGUACAAUCCUUUACGUAUGAACUUAACAAUUAUGUACAACGAUACCAUGCAGCAUUCGCUUCCGAUUCUGAUUAACAUUUUAUCGAAUGCCUACCACAGGUUGCUCUCUGAUUCGAGUGAUGCUAGACCGAUCGGCGUAAGAACUCAUCCUUUCCAACAAACAUCACAACCACAAGAAUUUAAUAUCGGCAUCGGUAGUUCGGCUUUAUUUAUAGGCAUGGAUUUCGUUUUAGUCCCUAUAACAUUGGCAGUCGACAUUGUUUACGAUCGAGAGAUUAAAGCAAAAGAUCAACUUCGAGUUAACGGUUUAUCAUUUACGAUGUAUUUUUUAACCUACUUCAUCGUUCUUCUUGGAUUGAUGGCAUUUGUCAGUUUUUGUAUUCUUGGCAUUAUCUUUCUUUUUGACGUACCGUCACUUCAAGAAAUACCGGCAUUAAUGACUCUUGGUGGUCUUCUGAUGCUUUAUUGCCCGGCAUCUAUCCUCUUUUCGACUUGUCUCAGCUACAUCUUCGAUAAAAUGGAUUCUGCGCAGAGUAUUCUGCCAAACAUCGCAACUUUUUUCGGACUAAUACCGUUUCUGCUAGUCAUGAUACUAGAUAUGUUGGGAUUAAGUGGAACAGCGGCAUUUGCAUUACACGUAGUUUUCUCUUUGUGCAACACUAUGUAUGUUCCAUAUGCAGCAGUUUAUUAUGUAGAUCGCGUACACCUUAUGUGUUCCAUCAAUGCCGCUUGCCAUCAUCUUACGAUGUCGGACUACUUGACCACAGAGAUCAUUUUGAUGGCUGUCGGUGUACUAUUGCAUUGUCCUUUGUGGUUCUUCGUGCUACUAGUGUUAGACAUUAAAAAAAGCGGUGGAAAUGUCAGUGAUAUCUUCAAAUAUUUCUUGCGAAAUGGUGGUUCCAUUGGGGAAGAAAUUAUGGAAAAUACAGACGUUGGUGAUCAUGAAGAUACGGAUGUGAAAAAUGAAAGGCAAAGAGUCUUUAACAUCGUCACAACAUCGUCUUUGCAGGAGCCUCCGGUUGUUUUGGUUCAAAAUUUAAGAAAGGAAUAUCGCCAGCGUGAAGCAGGAUCCUGUGGUUGCUGCUCAAAACGCGAAGAUGAAGCACCAGCGCCUAAAUGCAAAGUUGCUGUACGAAAUCUUUCGCUGGCUGUUGAGCCUGGAGAGGUAUUCGGUCUGUUAGGACAUAACGGUGCUGGCAAAACUACCACCAUGAAAAUCAUAAUCGCGGAGGAAGCAGCUUCGCGCGGCAGGGUGUUCAUCGGCGGCCAUAAUGUCAAUUCUCAUGUAACGGAGAUUUUCCGACUGAUGGGCUACUGUCCUCAGCAUGAUGCCCAAUGGAAGAAUAUCACCGUUAGAGAACAUCUUGAAUGUUAUGCAGCAAUACGAGGUGUUCCUUGGAGCGAUAUUAAUAGGAUCGUGGAUCUGUACUUAACGGGCCUGCAGAUCCAUGAACAUGCCGAUAAACAGACUCAAGAAUGCUCGGGUGGGACUCGAAGAAAGUUGAGCUUCGCAAUGGCCAUGGUCGGUGGGCCCAAAGUGGUUCUGAUGGAUGAACCUAGCACGGGCAUGGAUCCUCGGUCUAAGAGAUUCCUCUGGGAUACUAUCCUGGCGAGUUUUCAACGGUCUUCUCAGGGCGGUAGGGGCGCUAUACUAACGACCCAUUCAAUGGAGGAAGCAGACGCACUAUGCUCCAGAGUUGGCAUAAUGGUUAAAGGAGAGUUGCGGUGUAUCGGCUCGACGCAACAUCUCAAAAAUUUGUACGGUGCGGGUUACACCCUAGAGAUGAAAUUAUUGGGCGGCGAUUGCACGCCUACUACUCCGUCCGGAGACCGGAUAUCUGGGCUCAAAGAAUUUGUAGCGAGCAUGUUUCCGGACGCGACGCUUGAAGAGAGUUUUGCUGACCGACUUGUCUUCGCGGUUCCACAACACUCUGUGCAUUCGCUGGCCGAAUGUUUCACGCAGUUGGAGAAAGCCAAAUUGGAACUAGACAUUGAGGAGUAUAGUUUCAGCCAGACCACUUUGGAGCAAGUAUUUCUGAAGUUCUCUCACUAUGACGAAGUGAAUGGUGGUGAAUGAUGGCCCGGAAGUGCUAGCCCCUAAAGAGUUAACAUAUUUACACACGAUUUAUUCCAUUCCAAUGGACUUGUGAGGAAGUUACUCUUUUCGGUAUGAAAAAUACAAGAAAACGGAAAGCGAGAUACGAAAAACGGUGUAUACGUAUACAGGAGUGAGAACGACGGGCCUCCUCCGCGAUCGCGGUUAGUGGGUGCGUGUACGGGUCAGGGACCAUACAGGAGAAGUGUGUUCUAACAAUACUUAAGGAAUUUAUAAUAACUAGUAUUGCCAUCAUUACUAAUAUCGAUUGUUACUAGGAAGACAAUUAAACAGCUCACCGAUGUUUUGUCUAUCCGAACGUGCGAGCCACAAUUCUGUACUUCGAGUCCCGAAUGUCUCUCGAGUUACGGAAUUGAAAGCUCGGUCGAAGUAUCGAGGAUCGUAUAAUCGUAUAAUCGAGCAAGUACUCGCGGCCUUGAUUACAGCUGUUCGUCGUGAGCUCUUUUCGAAGAAAACAUAGCCCACUUUCUGGUUUGCAGAAGGGAGAAGAAACUUUAUGGUGCGAAUCUUACAUGAACUCGUAACGGGCCUGCGCGAGUCGCGUACAUCUUUUUUUAUAUAUUAUUAAUCUAGGUUUUAUUUAUACGUCAUUAUAAAUAGAUAUACAUAUAUAUCUAUUAUUGUGUAAAUAGCUCCAAUGGUUUAUGCAUUGUUAUCGAAAUACAAAAUUAUGCUCGAGAUUAUCUAGAGACUUCAACUGUCGAGACGUUGACCCAAAUAUCGCUGCGGUAAUUCACGAUCGAUUUGUCUCUGUUAAUGAAAUUCUUUCCCUGCGAUUGCUGCGGGAAAUUUCGGAUGAAACUCUUUUUGAGAUCGUAGCAAAAGUCAUCGUAAUUUCAGUCAGUCCCUUUUGACAGAAUUUCCCCAGAAUAUACUGAUACAUUGUUAAUAAUAUUCAACUUCUUUGUUUUUUUAGAACACAAUUCAAUUUGUAUGAAAAUUUAAACGUAUUAUCUUGAUAAUUUCAGUGAACUAUGGGCAAAUGUUAUGUGAACUAAUAGAUGCAUUUUCUUGUCUUGUCUCAUUGCUAAUGAUAUUUCUUGAAAAUAUCCGGCGAGAUGGUUGCAAUAGAUUGCUGAGAUCCAUUACAGCCAUUUUGUAAUUCAACAAAAUGGUAUAUUUAGUAUAACAAGCAUCAUCUUUGAUAAAAGAAUACGAUGAUUCACUUAUAUAUAACGAGACUGAAGUUUAAAACAUUACUUUCUGAUGUGUACAGUCAACCACAUCGCAUGAAGUUAAAACUAUUUUGGUUUACAGAAUAGCAGUCUUCUAGUAGCGCGAUAACGUAGCUUUGAAUGCGACGAAAAUGAAUUUAAAGAAAUGCGUUUAACGGAUAAUUCGAAUUUCCUUCAUAAACGCAUAUUUGUAACGAAUGAGAUAGAAAAAGUAGUACAGAAAUACUUCGUAUAAAAUAUCAUUCUCUACAGAUUUCAGAACUCAGUCCAUUGAUCAUUCGUUAGUGUCGAAACUUUAGCGUUAAUAAGGAUUCGUGUUUUUAAAGAGAGAGACAGAAAGCGACGUUUAGUAUUGCUUAUUGUGAAUGGCUUUAUAUAUAAUCGCGUGCGAAAGGAGUUCGAUGAAUAUUCUAUAGAAAGAUUAAUACCUUUGCACGAUCGGCUUAAUUUAAUAUCAGGCAAUUUCCAAUCGCCGAGCAUCACUGGAAUAUGAUGAUACGUAUCUUGAGGACGUCGAUACGUCGUGUAAUAGAGAUUAAGUAAGUUAAAGUUCUUUAAUUAAAACCCGUACAGAUAAGUAGUGACAAGAAAAAUGAGCAUUAAUACAGACCCCCUUUAACCUCGCUUCAUGAUUACAUCUUAUGAGCAUACAAAAGACACCGGUAGAUCACUAAUCGCAUCUUUUCGUUAAGUGAAAAAUUACAUAACUGUUAUUAAAUGGGAUAAAAUGAACGCAGAAUCGACAAUUUGACAAUAUUAACACUUUCGCUACGACUUGACUGGUCGUUAGUAUACUGUUGUUGAACAGGAUUACGUGUCGUAAUGUGUCCAUUUAUUCCGCGAAGAGUCAGAUGAUCAGUUUGCCUUAAACACAAUUGCUUUCAGAAAAUUAAACAUAAACAUAUAUGUAGUGGAUGAAAGAUGUUUAUUUAUUUAAAAUCAUAGCUACAUCAUCGGACGGCUAUAAUUAUCAAUAAGUUUAAAGAGCGUUUCAUGAGGAGUGAACAUGAAUAGUUCUUCGUGGUACAUAAACCAUCUUUUGGGGAGGGCGGCCAUAGUCACUUGUAGUAGCAAAAGGGUUAAAAUUGUGUCUGUUGAUCUUCAGAAUUGUAUUGCUUGUAAGGUGAACAUGUUGCAGGGACAGUUGUGUAAGCUAUGGACGAUAUAAGGCAAAUAGGAAGAGAAAUGUAAUGUCGUUUAUACAGUUCUCGAACUAAAUACUUUAUGUUAAACAUUUACAAUUCAGGUCUUUAGCUAUUUCCGUUAACAUUUACACGACAGAAACAGCUGAUUAUCUGAAUUUAACGGAACGUAAUACACCAAUUUUAGAAAUAAGAAGGAAUAAAACGGAAUAAGUACAUUUGAAUGUAGAGUUAUCAAAUUUGAUAUAUUAUUAAUUCAAGUUAUUACUAAUAGCGUGGUCUGAUUGCUUUCCAUACAAGUCAACGUGUCAUGGUAAUAAAAAAUGAUUGAUGAUUCACAGGCUAAGAAAUAAAAUAUAACAUUUUGGGGAACUUUGGUUGAGUGCAUAUUACAUUUUGUAAAUAUCGUAUCCCAGAGUAUUCAUUGUAAUUUGAGCGACGUAAUUACAUAGAGAUUACAAUUUCGUAUCAAGUGCAGCGAUCCUUGGCAACAGUUGUGCGAAGUUAAAUAUGUAAAUAAUAACUUGUGGGCCUGAUGCAUGCCGGAAAGCAUCGCAAAGCAAGAACUCGUGAAAUUUUAGAGAUUUUAAAAUGCACCCAAAAGUAUAUAUAAAGGAUGACUUUUUUGUGUAAUUGAAGUACAGUGCUUGUGAAAAUUUAUCUGGCCGUUUAAUUCUUAGUGUUACAACGUAAUUUAGAGUUGAACGGCAAAUGAUGCUGCUGGAGGACUGAAUGAAAUAUUUUGUAGGUAAUUAAUUAGGUAGCAAAAUUUCAGACUUUGUCAUAAAAGAAUCGGUUUUGUAAAUAUAAUGUUACCGAAAUAAAAUGUUGAUAUAUAUAUAUUAUAUAUAUAUAAACUUAGGUACGUUCGCGUACUUCUGUACGCAUUUAGGGAUUAUGUGCCCGCAAUUCUCUCUAGCGAAUAUUGUAACUUAAGAUAUAGUCAAUUACGGAAUUCCGCGGAAACUGCAAAGGGAUUUUAUGGAACUGUAUACCAUGUUCUUUUUAAAGCAGAUUACCGUAAUACAUAUGGCAAUUGUGAUGAUAAUAAUAAUACUUAUUAUUAUUGUAUUUGUACGCAUAUGUAAUUAUAAUUGAAAGCACUGUGAAUUUUGCUAUGUUGCAUCAUAUGGUACAGUUAUUUUAAUUCGCUUAAUUGUAUUUAUGAAGCGUUGAUUUACAAUGAGUAAUCUUUAUUCAAUUUAAAAAUAAAAUGAAAAUAAUUCCUUAAUAA